AUGAAAGAUCCUCGCGAUGCGCAAACAAUGCAAUCGUUCAAUGUAGAAAUGGGCUCCUCGUGGAGCAUACACGCUCAUAAACCACGGACCUCAUGGCUCCAUAGCUUCCGACGCGCAGAUCCUCUCCCAGGCUAUCACCCAAGUGAUGCACCAGAGCGGUAUUACGACUUGCGCGCCGCCAAUGCCAAAACAGCAAAUACAGCACUUGCGCGAGAAUUAAAAGGUCGCCAUCUGCAAAUGAUUGCUUUUGGCGGUGCGAUUGGAACUGGGUUGUUCGUCGCGUCGGGUGCGUCGCUUUAUAGAGGCGGACCAGCGAGUUUGUUGAUAUCGUAUUUAUUACUUGGGGCGAUGCAGUAUUGUACGAUGCAGUGUCUUGGCGAGUUGUGUGUCAUGUUUCCCAUCGCGGGCUCGUUUUCGGCGUUUUCAACGAGAUUCUUGGAUCCGUCUUGGGGGUUCGCUAUGGGUUGGAAUUACUGCUUACAAUGGUUGUUCAUUUUACCUUUGGAAAUAAUCGCCGGGGCGUUUACGAUAGGAUAUUGGAACCCGAAUCUGACAAAGUCCAUAUUCGUGGCAAUAUUUCUCUCCGCCAUUGUCAUCAUCAACCUAUUUAGCGUCAGGACGUAUGGCGAAGCUGAGUUUAUCUUUUCUCUCAUCAAGAUCACCGCCAUCGUUGGCUUCAUAUUACUCGCCAUCGUCAUAAAUGUCGGCGGGGAGCCCGAGAGCGGUUACAUCGGCGGCAUGUACUGGCGUAACCCGGGCCCCUUCAACAACGGCUUCAAGGGCUUUUGCAGCGUCCUCGUUACAUCUGCAUUCUCCUUCACAGGCACAGAGCUCAUCGGUCUCGCCGCCGCCGAGACAGCUAACCCGCGCAAAUCGUUGCCGACGGCGAUCAAGCAGGUUUUCUGGCGUAUCACGAUAUUUUACAUCGUUGCGCUAAUGCUGGUUGGGUUGUUAGUACCCUCUGACGAUAAACGACUUGUCGGUGGUGAUAAUGUCGCUGAUGCGACGGCGAGUCCGUUUGUCAUUGCGAUAGAGAAGGCUGGGACUUCUUUGCUUCCGAGUAUAAUGAACGCAAUCAUCUUGGUCGCGGUGAUAAGCGUAGGAAAUUCAGCGGUUUUUGGGUCAUCGAGAACGCUGGCUGCUUUAGCGGAACAGUCGCAUGCGCCGCAGAUCUUUGCGUACGUGGAUCGACAAGGACGACCACUUAUGGCAAUACUAUUCGCAUCAUGCAUCGGUCUACUCGCAUUUCUCGCAGAUGUCAGUUUCCACGAUUCCAUCUUCAAUUGGCUUCUGUCAAUCAGUGCGUUAAGCACUUUGUUUACAUGGGGAAGCAUCUGUUUAUGUUACAUCCGUUUUCGAAAAGCUUGGUAUUACAACGCACAUACGCUGGAACAACUACCGUUCAAGUCUCACGUCGGCGUCGCGGGAGCGUGGUUUGCUUUUGUUGGGUAUAUCCUUGUGUUGACAUCUCAGAUUUGGAUUGCGGUCUCGCCUGUUAAUGAGCCCGGUAUUGACAGGAGCGCAUCGGGACUUGCACAGAAUUUCUUCUUGAAGGUUUUGGCGAUACCCAUUAUCCUGUUGUUCUAUCUAUCUCACAAGAUUUGGUACCGUACGCAGAUUGUGCGUCUACCCGAUAUGGAUGUUGUGACGGGGCGGAGAUACUUUCGUGUGCAUGUUAUGGCUGAGCAGGAGCGCGAAGAACGACAUGGUUGGCCCAGGUGGAAAAAGGUCUAUCGGUUUCUCUGUUGA